AUGCCCGAAGAAUCCAAGGAGAGUAAAGCCAAAAAAUUGGCAGCUGCCCGUAAAAAGCUGAGAGAGUACCAGCAACGUGGUAAUGCCGAUCCAAUGCCACAGCAAGUCGAAACAGUCAGCAAUAGCAACAGUGGCCAUGUUAGCAGUAAUAUAUCAGAACGUUCCGAAUCCGACCUCCAGUUAAAUGGCACUAAUGUGGACGUUGGACCAAUAAACAGGACUCAACCACCGCAGCAAGAAGCCUUGCUUCUAAAAUCAUCUCCAUUGACAUUGCCCACUAGUCAGGUGGAUGAACAAGCAGUGGCCGAAGGCGCUCACAAUAUAAAUGCCAUACAGAUCCUAAUAAGUGAAAAGGCUCAACUAACAUCCGAGUUGAACAAAUAUCGAACAACAUGUCGAGAAAAGGAUCUCGAAUUGGAGGAACUGAGAGUGCAGUACAACAAUGUAACUAAACGUGUAGAUGAUCUACAGAAUCAUUUGAAAGAUACCCAAAAACAGUUGGAGCAACACAGACUGCAAAAUGCCGAACUGCAACACAAACUUGCCCAAACUAGAGCCCUUAAUGAGGACCAUUCAUCUCAUUUGCUAGAGCUGCAGCAGCAAAUGCAAUUACGCGAAGAACGUCUCAAGACAUUGGACAAUGAAUACAAGGAGAAGUGCAAUGAAUUGGAACUAGCACAGCUGAAGAUUCGUCAACUGUCUGAUGAAAGCAACAUAACCAAGGAUAAUCGCGUUGAAACCUUGACACAAACUCAGUUUAUGUACGAACAGCAAAUAAGAGAUCUGCAGGCAAUGGUGCAGCAGUUGACACAGGACAAGGAACAGGCCAACACCCAAUAUCAGACCUACGUUCAACAACUGAACGCCCAAGUAAAUCAACUAAACGAACGGAACAAUGAACUAACGGAAGAGUCUUCCAAACUUCGUGAAAGGGAGAAGCAAAUGGUCGAUCAUGUGCAGCAAUUGGAAAGGGAAAUACAGAAAAACCUCACGCGGCAAUCUGAAAUCAAAGAGGAGAAACAAGUGUCCUUGCAGAGUACCUCCGAAGCGACCAGUCAACAAUUGCAGGAGCUACAAGAUCGUCUUCAAGAAUAUGAAACUGAGCGUUAUGAAUUCCAGUUAAAAAUUAAGUCACAGGAAGACCGUCUGAUUACAUUGCAGAACGAGUACGAGCAAAAGAAACAAGAAGUUGAAGAAUUGAGAGAGCAUAUAGAAAAUGUGACAGCUGAGCAACCGGAUAAGACGAAGCUGUUAGCUGCCAUGGAAUCGGACAAGAUAGCAGCUUCGCGUGCUUUGUCACAGAAUGUCGAAUUGAAAAAACAACUAGACGAAUUAGAAAUUCGCUUUGUUCAACUUACUAACGAUAAGGCCGAUCUUAUGAACCAGCUCGAUGCAGAACAGUACUCCAAUCGUGAAAUGCGCUCCAAUUACAGUGCAAUGGAACAACGGGUGCAGGAACUAGACGAGCGCUUUAAAUUUAAAGAUGAGGAAAUGAUACGACUUUCUCAUGAAAAUGAAGAACUGAAAAAGAAGUCGUUCUUUUCUAAAAGUCAAAUAUAUUUAUUUUUAUGUCCUUAGGCUGGAUGGAAAAGUCGAGAACAUAACCAUGAACACAAUCAUGCAGAUAAUCACCAUCAUCAUGACCACGGCCACCAUCAUGGGGAUGAACACGAUCAUCAUCAUGAAGUUGAUCACAACCAUGAUCAUAAUCAUGGAGAUGAUUGUCAACAUGAUCACCAUCAUGAUCAUAACGACAUUACAGAACAUAAUAAUGAUCGUCAUGGUCAUGACCACCAUAAUUGCAAUGAUGACAAACAUGUGCACGACCAUCAAACACAUGAUCAUACUCGCGAUAACGAAAUCAAAAACCACCAAGGCCCAGCAAAUGAAAGCAAUUCACAAGUCGAUACAUGUCAAGAAGCUACCGAAAUUGUCCCGAAAACUAUAUCGCCGAAAGUAAGCACAGCAUCUAAUUCUAAAACUCCACACAUUGCUACAGAAGAAGCGGUCGAAAAAUUGCAAUUAAGGUUUACGCAACUCAUGGGAAAAGUUGCAGAUCUUACCGAAGAAAAACAACGCUUGGAACAUUUAGUUAUGCAAUUGCAAUCGGAAACAGAGACAAUAGGAGAAUACAUUGCUUUGUAUCAGACACAAAGGCGUAUAUUAAAGCAAAGGGAAUAUGAAAAAGCUGCUCAAACAGCUCUGCUGCAGGAAGAACGGCAGCAAAUGAGAGAACGUCUGACCAUGUUGAAUAAUCUUGUCAACAGUCUAGGCAUGGAAAUACCACUUACACAGCAGCAACAUCAAUUGCACCAACAGCUUAAUGAAGCACUAGCGCAAAGCAUAACACAUGAUAAUUUAAAUAGCUUGGAAUCUCAACAGAUUCUACAUAAAAUACAAGACAUCAUAACUGAGAUAAAAGAGAACACCAAAGAGUUGCCUACAGUCCAGCAUUCGGUGGACCACCUAAACUGUUGUUCUGGAAAGUUUGAAGUGGUAUAGACGAUAUGAUCGCCAACCCAGCGUAUCCGUAGUUUAUGUAAAUACAAAAUAAUGGCUUCUUG